AGUGUAGGAAUGUGUAAAAAGUGUUGAGAUCAUCCCGAUCCAUCAUAUAUAGGUCUUCUGACCGAAUGUGUAGCCCAUUUAGACUACUAUGGCAUCGAAAAUAGGGGCGAAAUUAAGUCGCGAUGGAUUCAUUGCUAACGGAAUAGACCUAGUUAUGAAGAAAUGGAAUAAAUCACGUGACGAGUUGGCACUUAUCUUCAAAGACAGCUCUACUGUGUUUGCCCAUGUGGAGGCUUUAAUAAACGCUAGAGAUACGGAACAAUGUCGCAAUCAGUUGAAAAUUGGACCAAAUGUAGACUUGGCUGUUAUAUGUGUAGUCACAGCAACCAAUACGUAUGCAACGAAAGGCAAUCAUUUCACUGCAUGGACGUGUUCAGACUUGAAGGAGAAUUCUAUCAGAAUAUCUAUAUACGGAAUCCUUAACGAAGAACUUGUAACGGUUGGGCACGGCAGUGUGGUUGCAGUCCUUAAUCCUGAUCUCACCGAUUAUGCCAAAGAUCACUAUAGAGCCAUAUCAGUGAAGCAAUGUGAUAACGUGAUGCUUAUUGGUGUUGUAGAUGGAUUACAGAUGUGCAAAGGUGUAACGGUAAAUAGAACUAAAUGUAAAAAUCUUGUUUACAAGCAUAAACAAGGCGAGUUUUGUAAAUACCAUAUCAAAUCUGCAUUUGUGAAGCCAAAGGAUGAUCAAAAGAAAAUUAGUCCAAGAGCGGGGGAAAUUGCUAACCAGGUUAAUGGUGCAAUUGCCAAAAUUGAAAUCCAAGACAAUGAGAAACAGCCGUUUAUAUUCAAGGAUACUUCGCCCACUGACCCUGGUAAAGUAAUGGCGAAAUUAGGUGACCUUGGGGAGUUGUUAAAUAAAGUUAACGAAAUGAGAACUGGUACUAUCAUCAAUAGUAUAACGAAAAAACAGACAGCCUCCAAUGAUAAUAGUAUGCAAGUAGAUGAUAAAAAGAAAUUUGAUUCUGCGGUGCAAAAUCUUAAAAAUGUCAUCACUCCGAAUCACGCCAACAAUAAACAGGUUCUAGGAUUGUUGCAACAUAUAUCCAAACAUAUCAGUCGUAUAGAUAAGGAGCAUAUUAAAAAAUCUGGGAUCAUGAAAAUGUGCGCCAACCUUCUUGAUCAUCCUAUGGAAACGAUAGCAAUCGAAAGUCUAAAACUAAUAAGGAAACUAAAAAGACCUGAUAGACAAAUAAAAAAGUUUUGCUCUAAGCCAACGUAUAUAUUCGAACCUAGGAAACAGACCAAAAAAGAUGUUGUAAUAACCCAAGUGAAUUCCCAAGACGUGGAAGCUAUCUUAAGUGCUUCUUCCGAUGUCAACUCUUAUGUAGAAAUGGAAGACUUUGAAGAAACUAAGAAAAAACUAGAAACACUAGAGCGCAUGGAUAAGGCGCAGGAGUACCAAAUGACGGUCACUGAAAUCGAUGUAAUUGCGACAUACUGCGAAGAUUGUAAAAAAUGGACUGAAAAAACAUCGCCUUAUUGUCAACAGGAAUCGCACACCUAUUCCAAAAAGAAAUGUAAGAAGGCUUACCAUGUAUGUUUGGAAGCUGGUUGUGGAUACAGGUACUAUUCGCUUAAUGGCCAGAAACCCCCAUGGUGUCCUGGAUGCAAACAAAACACACUUUUGGCUGAAAAAAGCUCUGUAUAUAAAAUUAGAAAAGACUACCUCCUACCGAACGAGAAACUCCUCGAUUGUGAAAUUGGCGCGAGAAGACCUGUAGACUGCGAUGAGUAACG